CUUCCCUCUCACACCGUCAUGAAGUACAUCGCCCUCGCCCUCGCCGCCGCCCUCGCCGCCGCCUCGACCCUCGUCUCGGCCGCGCCGACCAAGCGUGGCUUCUUCCCCCAAGACGGGCCAGCGUUCAUCGGCCAGCUGCUCUCGAAGCCGGACGAGAUCAAGCUGGGCGAGAACUUUACGAUCUCGUACGACUCGAACGACCCCUCGCCGGACCCGCAGUACCCGUCGUCGAUCCUCUCGUUCGACGUCGGCAUCCAGGGCCCGGCGCCCAUCUACUACUCGAGCGCGUUCACGCCAUCGGGCAUCCUCGAGCUCGCCAACGACCUUCCCGGCCAGCAAGUCGUCAACGCGAGCCUCAAGAUGUCGAGUAGCGCCGACCCGGGCGAGUACUUCCUCAUUUUCACCGAGCACCAGCUCGGUGUCUACGACCCUGAGCAGCCCGUCUACCGCGUCCAGAGCUACAACGUCUCGGUGCAGGUCGUGCAGUAGACCCGCAUCGACCUGCGCCGACGCCAGGGACGAGCUGAAGGCGGGCAGAGCGCCGCGCACGAGCCUUUUCCUCCCUCCUCCUCCUCACUCAGACUUCCUCGCCCAUGUAGCUCUCUCUCUCUGUCUAUAGUCUCCUAUGGACGCUCUUCUCAAGCGCCAUGUGCCCCUCGAGUCUGCAACACGUCGUUCCGUGCCCUCGUUCGCG